AUUCAUUCAUCCUUUCUUUGAUUUGGACAGAUUCCACAUCAAAAUCAAAAUCAAAAUCAACUUGCCGUGCCCAUUGUUCCAAUUCUAAAAACAAUAUCUUCUUUCCUUAAUAAAACCACCUCAAAGUUUGGUUCUUUGUAACCAAACCUGUUCUGGGUCAUUGUGAAUCUGUGUUCUUAUCUUAAAGUUUGGUCCUUUACAACAAAAACUCUUCUGGGUCAUUGUUAAUUUUUGUUAAAUACUUCAAAGUUUGGAUCUUUAUAACAAAGGGUUUUUUUGGGCUUUUGAGAAUUUGUGAUUUUAAGAAUGGCUGCUACUACUGCUGUUGGUGUUAUUGGUGGUAAUGGAUCUUCAUGGAUGCAAUUUGGUAGAAAGGAAAAGAAACAAAAUAAGAUGAAUAAAGUUAGGGUUUGUUGCUCUAAAUCUAAAUCUAAAUCUAAAUCUUCUUCUGUGAUGGAUCCUUAUAAGACUUUAAGAAUUCAACCUGGUGCUUCUGAAUCUGAUGUUAGAAAGGCUUUUAGACAACUUGCUUUGCAGUACCAUCCUGAUGUGUGCAAAGGAAGAGAUUGUGGGGUGCAGUUUCACUUGAUCAAUGAGGCUUAUGAUAUUGUGAUGUCCAAUUUGAGAGAAAAUGUGAUAGAAACUUAUGAGACCACUACCACAUAUAAUGAGAACAAUGAUGAGUCAUUUAGAGGAAUGAAUGAUCCAGAUUGGGGCUAUUGGGAAGAAUGGAUGGGUUGGGAAGGAGCAGGAAUCCGUGACUACUCUUCUCAUAUUAAUCCUUACAUUUAAAAAAGUUUAUGAAUUGUAAAUUAUUAAUAAAUUAAUAAUAAUAUUAGUCUUUCAAUCAUAUGUAUGUAUAUUACCUACUUACUACUUGUCCCCCAUCCAAAUUUGGUUGGUGCUCUUUGUACAUAUAGUCCAAGUUAAUGUAUGUCAUAUUUCCUCAACAUAAUUGAAUUUUAGGAUAUUUGGCUUUUUUUUAUUAUU